GUCAAUGCAAGACCCGAUUGGCGCAAAGACCCCGAAACAAGCGGGAGAUAUAAUAAAAUAAUAUAUAUAUCACGGAUAUAGAACAGGUUACCGGAGGAAAUAUACUUUAACGGACAUAAUUUUAUGUAGUUGACUCUGAAUUGAAAACCUGUGAAAUGCAUGUUGGAGGAAAAAAUACGAUUUAGAAGUUCCACAGGAAAAAAACCCCGUCGUUUGCAAGAUAGGCCUACGAAUCACCCGAACAGUUCCGAGUGACAUAAUGCCGGCAAAAGCGAAGCUGAAUUUGGUGGUUGCAGCGUGUAACAAUCGAGGGAUAGGUAUCGGCGGCUCGCUGCCAUGGCGACUAAAAAAGGACAUAGAAGUUUUUAAAAGGAUAACAACGGAAUCAAAAAACCCAGAUAAGACAAAUGUGUUGAUAAUGGGAAGGAAGACCUGGACGUCCAUCCCGGAGAGGUUUCGACCUCUUCCAAAGAGGAUCAACAUUAUUUUGAGUAGGACAAUGACAGAAACGCCAACUGGUACAUAUAUGGCCAGAAGUUUAGAGGAGGCUGUUUCCAUGGUAACAGAAAAUGGAAACCUGGCAGACAAGGUGUCUUCUGUAUACAUUAUAGGGGGCAGCUCUGUCUACAAGGAAGCCAUGGACUUCGCCGGUCCGUGCCGUAUAUACCUGACCAGAGUGCUUGCUGACUUUGACUGUGAUACAUUUUUCCCAGAAAUUAAUACAGACAAAUUCAUAAAAUUACAAAACUGUGAAGAUGUACCAGCGGGGCGGUUUACGGAGAAUGGCAUUGGUUUUGAGUUUGAAGUGUAUGAUAAGGUAGAUAAUUAAAGUGUGAGCUUUGA